UCUCCUUUGCUUUAGCUGCUUUAAAAACAAGCACACCACCAGCACCACGUGAACCCGCCGUGGUGCUGCCUCUUAUUGAACUCGAAACUGUACUCAGGUGGGGUGAGAGUUUAGGUCAUUUCAGUGAUGUUUUUUAUUUAAUAAUCAAGGAAAACGAACCGGCUGUUGGAAGAACAUAAUGGUAUUUUUAACGCUGUCCUGCUGGAUCCGCAACCGUGGACCAGACCGAUUCUGGAAAGUGCAAGAACUCCUUAAACAUGCUCGGCACUUCAGAGGCAGGAAGAACCGCUGCUACAAACUGGCAGUGCUGGCUGUCAGGAGGGCUCUGGUCUAUUCCACUAAAGCUCGGAGGUUUAAGAAGCACAACAUGAGGAGGCUGUGGAUCAGCCGCAUUGCAGCAGGAACACGAGAGCACGGCAUGAAGUAUCCCGUCCUCAUACACAACCUCACCAAGUGCAGUGUUCAGCUUAACCGCCGUGUAAUCAGCGACCUGGCCAUCACUGAGCCUCGGACUUUCCUGUCGCUGGCCAAACUGGCUCGAGCUCGUCAGCAGGAGGGUUUCCAGGCGGCGCUGGGAGAUGGAAAAGAGCCUCCUGGCGUCCUCUCCAGGGUCAUGCUGCAGUAGAAGACUGGAUUCAGGAGGCAGAUCUCCUGCAUUGACUAUGUUGUUCACAGGCAUCAACUUGUCAUUUCAUUGAUAUACGUUACAUAUUAAAUAUUCAGAUUUUUCUCAUCGAAGGCAGGCUAAAGAGAGGACUCCCUGUAUGUAUAAAAUGUCUUGCGUGUUGUUGAUAAUCUGAUCAAUGAUGUUGGAUUGAUAUUUCUGGUAUAAAGGGACACUUUCGCACACUACCUGUGUCAUUUAUAAGCAAUGCAUUGUAGAUAUGGAAGAAAAUGCAUGUUCGGAAGAAUCCUGUUGUUCGUCAUAGGGAGGAGUUAGAUUAUGUUCCUGAAGGAAACUUAUCACAUACAGACAUCAAGUAAUCCAUCUAUUCCAAAACAUGCAGUUCAUUUCUUACUGAACAAUAUCUUCAGGCAUAUCUGGCUUUACAACUGUAAGCUGUAAGCUCUGAUUUGAUGCUUCUGUGGAGUUUGU